AGCGGGACAGCCGUGGAGCAGCCUGACCCUGGUGUAUCCCCGCAGCCAUGGGGCCGCCUUUGUGCGGGCUCCGCUGGCUCCUGCUGCUGCUGGCCGCCCCCCUGGGGGAGCCGCGGCCGCCCCCGGCCGUGCCCUGCCCAACGGUGUGUGAGCCGGCGCGCUGCCCCCCGCGGGACCCCCAGCCCUGCCUGGCCGCCGGGGGGCUGCUCCAGCCCGACCGCUGCGGCUGCUGCUGGAUCUGCGCGCCCGGGGAGGGGCGGCCCUGCGCCGCGGGCGGGCUCUGCGCCCACGGGCUGCGCUGCCAGCGCCCCGCCGCCCGCCCGGCCCGGGGCGGCACCUGCAUCUGCGCCGAUUCCCCCCUGCCCGUGUGCGGCAGCGACGGCCGCACCUACCGCAGCCUGUGCCAGCUGCGGGCCGAGAACCGGCGGGCGCGGCUGCAGGACGCGCCCCCGGCCAUCCCCGUGCAGAAGGGCGGCUGCGGGGAGCCAGGCUCCUUCCAUCCUGACAGCCUGAGGUACAAGUUUAAUUUUAUUGCUGAUGUUGUGGAGAAGAUUGCUCCAGCUGUUGUCCAUCUUGAGCUCUUUCGCAGGGUGUCCUACUCAAGCCAAGAAGUUCUUGUGUCCAGUGGCUCCGGAUUCAUAGUGUCAGAGGAAGGACUGAUUGUCACUAAUGCGCAUGUCCUCACCAAUAAGCAGAGAAUCCGAGUGGAGCUCAAGAGCGGGGAGCAGUACGAAGCUAAAAUCAAAGAUGUCGACCACAAGUUGGACAUAGCCCUGAUCAAAAUAUAUCCUGAUACUGCCCUCUCUGUACUACUGCUGGGCAGAUCCUCUGACCUCCGUCCUGGGGAGUUUGUGGUGGCGCUGGGCAGUCCCUUCUCCUUACAAAACACUGUAACAACAGGAAUCAUCAGCAGCACUCAAAGAGGCAGCAAGGAGCUUGGCCUGAAGGACUCUGACAUGGCGUACAUUCAGACAGAUGCCAUCAUCAAUUAUGGAAAUUCAGGUGGGCCCUUGGUGAACUUGGACGGUGAAGUUGUAGGGAUAAAUACGCUGAAGGUAACGGCUGGCAUCUCCUUUGCAAUCCCCUCUGACCGAAUCCGUCAGUUCCUAGAAGAAUCUCACGACCGGCAGAUGAAAGGGACGAUUCGACCCAAGAAGAAAUACAUGGGAUUCCGAAUGCUUCCCCUCACUUUUAAUCUCAUCCGUGAACUGAAAAUCUAUGAUAAAGAUUUCCCGGACCUGAACUCUGGAGUCUAUGUUUUUGAAGUGAUUCAAGGAACGGCUGCUGCAAGCUCUGGCAUGAGAGAUGGUGAUGUGAUUAUCAGCAUUAAUGGAAAAACAGUCACCUCAACAGAGGAUGUAAAUGAAGCUGUUAAAAACAAUGAUGUUCUUUCAAUUGUGGUUCGUCGAGGAAAUGAAGAUGUGAUCUUGAAUAUAAUUCCAGAUGAAAUUGAUUAAAGGCUGACUUCCAUCAGAAAUAGUUUCAUUAAACAAAGUCAGACCUGCACUAUGUGUCUUAAGAUAAAGCUUAUGCUGUAUGCAGUUUUUUCUAGUAUAAUGCAGGGAAAAAUUUUUUACAAGUAGUCCAGAAAGCAAUAUUUAGACACAGUUAGGAUUUUUUUAAGUGAAUUCUAAGAUACACAGUGGAAAAUAACAUCAGUUUGAUUUAUUUUACUUCAAACGCAUUUGAAAGUGACUAUUGAAGUAUCUGUGUGUUUUUUUCCCCCCCUUUCCAUAUUUAAAGGAAUUUUAAAGCUAGCCAAAAAAUACUGGUUGUAGUCCACAUUGUGGACUAAGCUACUUCUAUUGUCUAAACUUGAAAUACUAUUGAAGUUAGAUGCAGAUCUCCUAUUACUGAGAACUUGAGGCCUAGUCAAAUUCUGAUUGAAGUCAAAGGGACUUGAAUUCAUUUUGGUGCUUUUGCUGAAAGUUAGCUAUCAUUUGUUCUUUAUUUGCUUUUCUGUAACAUUUUGUGGAUAUAAAAAACUGACUUUGGAAAAAUAGCACUUUCCAGUAGAUAAGUUUUCCACAUGUAUAGUGGAAACAGCUAAACUCUUAACUACCGAUACUUGUUUCUAAAGCUUUAAGAUUGAGCAGAGAUUUUUAGGUGCUUUAAUUUUUGGGUGCUCGAACAGCCUGAUUUUCAGAAAGUGCUGGGCACACUCUCCCUGGAAAUCAGGCCCCUUCACUAUCAACCAAAAGCAGAGGUAGCCUAGAUUACAAAUCACUCUUGGAAAUUAUGACCAUGCUCACUUGAUAAAGUAUUAAGAAAAAAUGUUUGACUCCAAAGGUGUGAAUGGAAGAUUAAAAAUACCAGCUACUUAGCAGUGUGAGUUCAUAAUGGUGGACUAGUGUAAAAAUCAGAUACUAAAUGCCCAGAUUCCAUUUACAUAUAUUCUUUAAUGCUGCCUUGUGUCUCCCUUGCUUGUUUUUGGGUUCUUAGUUUCUGCUGUGAUCCUUCUUCUACCACCCCUGCCUUACAGUUACUCCUCCACCAGUUGUAUCCUCCUCCCCAGUCCGCCUCAAAAUUACACUUGUGGUAUAUUUGUGUAUUACACUGCUGUGAACCUUUAACAUACUACAUGCUUUUAACUAAGUAUACAAGUUGCUAGAGCUACUGCCUCUUAGAGCAGAGCUACAACUGGGAAGAUAUGUUCUUCUCCACUUGUGCUAUCUUACAAAUAUCCUGAACCGACACCUGGACUUGGCCAUGAGCUGUACUGUCCCUCGUGUAUUUCUCCCCUUCCCCUCCAAUCCUGGAAAAUGAGUGGAAUUGUACAGCUGUCUUCAGAGCACACACACUUGCCUAGAAAACCUGCUGCAGCUUCCCCUAGAAAUAAAUACCAAAACUUCCUGUUACCAGUGCAGUUGGUGAUUCUGACCCUAGCCAAAAUUUACAAAUCAGUGCUUGUGUUUAUGCAGUGGAUUUCUAUAACUUAUUUUACAGUUGAUCUACCUUUCCUUCACCCUGUUUAGCACAGAAGUCAAAAGCACAGCACAUUCAUUCACAUACACCAAUGACCUAAAUUUCUCCCUCUAAUUCCAAGAGCUUUAAUAGUUAAUUUCAGUCUAACUACACACACACAAAAGCCUCCUUAGCUAUUUUUACCCUACAGCUAAUGAAACUUAAACUAUGGCAAGUGGAGCUUUGCAUAGAAGGUUGAACGGACUGACUCCUACACCUACUACAGCAAUUAAGAUAGUGCAGCAGCACCUGUUUUUCCAUACACUUUUUAUUUUAAGACAUUUGCUUGACUUUCUGUGCUUGUAGGUUCUGCUCCUUUUACAAAGGCAAGAAGGUUCACCUCUCUAAAGUAUUCUUGUACAAUGCCAUGUAUAAGACCUAGGAACCAAUGUUGAAUAAGUUAAAGUUGUGCUGCUCAAAGCUUCUCCCAUUUCUACAUAUCACUGAGUUAAGUAAAUAGCUCAUAAGCUUAAUUGUUGAUCACUUCCACAGCACACUGAUAUUUGUCAUUAAGGAAAAUUUCAUCACGUGUACUUCUAUAAUUCAAUAAACCUCUGAAAAAUCCACUGCACUGGGAACAGCUACACUUUACAGUGGAGAGGCUAAAAAUAGCACUUUAGCACAUGCUAUUGUGAAACAUUAGCAUGGAAGUGAACAUCCAAAGAAAGGUACAAUACUUAACUGCCAUGUCAAAUCUGUUAUUCUGGAGAAUAGGAAGAAUAUACAGUGAGUAGUUUAUUUGUAAAUGAAAUCUGAGGUAUGUACAAAGAAGUUAGGCAUAGCACUGUUCUGCAACUGCAUUUACUAUGCAAAUCCAGAAUAUAUUUAUACAAAAAAAAAAA